CAAGCUCUCUAUGAUCCGUCCGUUCAACGUGCUGGUGAUCUGACAGCGGGUGUUUGGUUCUACUAGUGCCGUGGCGGCAUCCCAUGCGAACGAUGUCUCUCUUUAAAACUAUGGAAAUCAAUCUGCGUUCCAGCGCAGUUCAAGGAAAAAGCAGUUUUCAAUCGAGUGAUAUAUCGGGGCAGGGUUGUAUCACUCCUCGAGAACGUUCGAAUUUGGGACGUUGAAAUGGCUGGCUCUGUCCCCCUUGGUGGAGAAAUCUUUGAGGUUCACAACGGAUACUCACCAAGCCUUCAACUGAAGGCUUAUCAGUUCGUACCCCACGAUGAAACAUUGCUCCAGCAUAUUGUAUGGCGGGUUUCUGGCAGUCCAGAUUUCACUCGCCUUCCCUCGACAUGCUAUGGUAUAAAGGAAGAGAUAUCGCCCGAAACUUUCGACGAAUAUCUCGACAAGCACGUUCAAUCUUUCAUCAACGAUGAAUUGAGGCCAUCUAGCGAUGAAGUUCCGAUAUUCGCAAGCACGAUGAGAGCAGCCCAGGAAUACGCACAAGGAAACAAAAACCUGAGCGUCCUAGUCCAAAAGGUAUUACGUAUUUGGGUUGCGCAAACUUUUUUCUUUCGCAGCUCAUGGAGAAUCUGUGGUGUAAACACAUUGGGGAUGGAACCAAUCAACGACCCAGAAAUGAAAUUCCAUGGUUUCAUCCCGCUCCCGCGGUUGAUCAACCAGCAGCUAGACGCCCAGCUUGAGCUCAGAGUUGCUACGAUGGAGAAUGAACUGCUGACGGAACUUCAAAAUCAUAUCUUGGAUCGUAACUCGACCGAUUGGUUUGGAAUUUUCUUGACGAUCUUCGUGCACCUCAGCAGUAUUGAGCGAGACACUUGGGGCUUGAACACUUGGGAGCACGAUGGCCCUACUCUACAAGAACGGUUUCUCCAACUGAAUAUAAAGAAUUCCCAAUCCAACCCAAGCAAGGCCUUCUUGUGGCCCCUCGGAGCGUCACCCUCUAUGUUGAUUGGGAAAAACGCACGCCUUGCGGAAAUGCUUGUAUCGCAUUUCCGCACGGUUUCCCGGGGAUUCGUCCCGUUCGCGGCCGAUUGGGAUCAAAAUCAGGCGAGCCAGGUGACCGGCCAUGAGAAGGAAGCGGUUGAGUACCUGAAGACGAUGAGCCAGCAAGCCCCCAAGCUCGAGCAAUACCUCGCGCUACGUCAGGCAGCACAGUAUUCGAGGGACGACUGUGACAGCCUCAGCGGCAAAUUCACGUCAAAGCUCAUGAUCAGUGAUCACUUGGAUUCUUGAGGAAAAUUGAGCGGGGAAGGGUGAGAUGGAUGUUGGUCACGUUUUCUUCGUUACGAUUUCACGGAAUUUUGGGCGGCUGCAUCAUUUCAUACCAUCGUUUUUAGGUAUCACGUCGGGUUUGGUUGGGUGGAGCUUGAUUUGCUUAUGCCCGGGUCUUCGGUCUGCGUAUGUAUGUUUUGGGUCUUUGCUCAUCGGUUCUUGGUUUCUUCUUACGGUCCUUCACCUAGGGUUUUCGUCUGUUCUAACUUUCUUUUGGUCUGGCUUUCCUCUUGCUCGGAUAUAUGGUACGCUUCAGCAAUGAAGACCCUCCGGGGCUGACGAGAGGACUUUGUGUGUUAUUUUUUGCUCAUCAUAUUUUCACUCUCUCGGAGUAGUCCACGGUGACCUAUAAAG